GCCACCUCACUUGAGAGAAAGAGUCUGAAUUUCUGUGUAAUUUCUUUUGACAAGCUCACGCACUUUAGACGAACAAAAAGGCAAAAGCCUCGGUUCCAUGGAUGGAACCUUGGGGGUCAUCUUUAACUGCUAGCUACCAGCUGAGAAAAAUAAAAAAUAAAAAAAAAAGAAGAAAGAGAGAAAAAGUUUUGUGUUUGUGUGUUGUUGAAAUUUUAACGAAAAGAAGUACUCAAUUUGAUAAAAAGUUCCUUAAAGUUUCAUUCUUUUGCUAACUAGUCAUCUGGGCACCUCAAAAAAGCAUCUGGGUUUUCGUGAUAUUUCUUACUUGUUAGGACACUGUUCAUGUGUGCCAAUAAUGCAAUCUCCUCUCUCUCUCUCUCUCCAUGAAGAAUCUUCAUAUGGGUUUUGAUUAUGAGAUGCGUUGAAGAAGAUUUGGGAGGAAAAGUGGUGGUGGUUGCUGUUAGAGCGUCUAAGGAGAUCCCAAGGACUGCUUUGGUCUGGACUUUGACUCAUGUCGUUCAGCCUGGGGAUUGCAUUAAGCUGCUAGUUAUUCCUGCUCAUUCCUCAAGUAAAAGGACAUGGGCAUUUUCAAGAUUCACCAGUGAUUGUGCCACCAGACAUGGGUGGUCUCUGUCAGGAACUAAUUCAGAUCAGAAAGAUGAUAUUGUGGAUUCUUGCUCCCAUAUGAUGCGUCAAUUACACGAUGUGUAUGAUCCAGGGAAGAUAAAGAUCCGGAUAAAAAUCGUCCCUGCCUCACGUUGUGGAAUAGUUGCUGCUGAAGCCAUGAAGACUCAAUCAAAUUGGGUUAUAUUGGACAAACAAUUGAAACACGAAAUGAGGUGCUGCAUGGAAGAGCUGCAUUGCAAUGUUGUGGCUAUGAAACGGUCUAGGCCUAAGGUUCUUCGUUUGAAUUUAAUCGGAUCACCAAAAAUGGAACCACAAAAGGCUUCUUCAUCUUCAUUUCAGUUACAACCACUUCUGAGGAAUUUAAAAAGUGAGAGUAAUAAGUUAGAUAUGAUCAGGGGACCAUCUGUGACUCCUGCAAGUAGUCCAGAGCAAGAGUCGUCAUUGACUGCAACAGAUGUCGGGACUUCAUCAAUAUCAAGCUCAGAUCCAGGGACUUCACCAUUUUUAUUAUCAGGAAUUUUUGCAAGUCAGAAGAAAGCAGCCUCUUUUAUCAAUGAAGAAAAGCAGAGUUUGUUUGAAUCUGACUCUGAUACUGAUAAUGAAAACGAGGGUCCUCCUUCUAGAGGUUCCUGCUCCAGACAAUGGAUGACUAAUCUUCUCAGUUCUAGUGGUGAAUUUUCUGAACUAUUCACACAAGGUUCAACAAAACACAUUGAUUCAGCUCUGACUUCAACUUAUGAAGUCUUGCUGGAGAAGUUAUCUACAUUAGGUCGAGAACCUGAUGUAGGGGCGUGUAAUUAUAAGCUUGAUCUGAAAUUAAGCAAAAGUGUGAGAGAAGUAAUUUCCUUGUCCAGAAAUGCACCUCCUAGACCUCCUCCCUUGUGUUCAAUUUGUCAGCACAAGGCUCCUAUAUUUGGGAAUCCUCCGAAGUGGUUCAGCUAUGCUGAACUGGAACUUGCUACAGAUGGAUUUUCUCAAAAAAAUUUCUUGGCUGAAGGUGGGUUUGGAUCUGUUCACCGAGGUCUCUUACCAGGUGGCCAGGUUGUUGCUGUCAAGCAAUAUAAGAUAGCAAGUUCUCAGGGUGAUCGAGAAUUUUGUUCAGAAGUGGAGGUUUUGAGUUGUGCGCAGCAUCGAAAUGUUGUCUUGCUUAUUGGUUUCUGUGUGGAGGGUGGACGAAGAUUGCUUGUUUAUGAAUACAUAUGCAAUGGUUCUUUGGAUUGUCAUCUUUAUGGACGUGCUAGAGAUCCAUUAACAUGGUCUGCGCGACAAAAAGUUGCAGUUGGAGCAGCUCGAGGAUUGAGAUACCUCCACGAGGAAUGUAGAGUCGGUUGUAUUGUUCAUCGUGAUAUGCGGCCCAACAAUAUCCUUCUCACCCAUGAUUUUGAACCAUUAGUUGGGGAUUUCGGACUGGCAAGAUGGCAGCCUGAUGGAGACAAGGGAGUUGAGACACGAGUAAUUGGGACGUUUGGUUACUUGGCUCCGGAAUAUGCUCAAAGUGGACAAAUCACAGAGAAAGCUGAUGUCUACUCGUUUGGGGUUGUAUUAGUGGAGCUUAUUACAGGACGGAAAGCUAUGGAUAUAAAGCGGCCCAAAGGGCAGCAAUGCCUCACUGAAUGGGCACGCCCACUUUUACAACGACAUGCCAUUCACGAACUACUUGAUCCAUGCUUAAGGAACUGCUACGCAGAAAAUGAGGUGUAUGGUAUGAUGCAAUGUGCAAUGAUGUGCAUCAGGCGGGACCCUAAUUCAAGGCCUCGCAUGUCACAGGUUCUUCGAAUGUUGGAAGUGGAUAGCAUCAUGGAUUCCGCCAGUGGCAUGUGAAGACUUGAGUAAGACGUCAGCUGCAUGCAAGUAACCUUUAUCUUGGAAUGAACCAGAAGACAUAUUUAGGUUGGAAGUCUGACGCCGUUGGGUGACAAUGUAGGUUAGCCCUUUGGUAAAUGAACAUGUAAAAUGGUGGAUACCAUAAAGUAAUUAUAUUGACCAAUUCUUGAGACUGAUUUUAGUACUAUAUGAUAUAGAAUUUUGGUAGCAGAGCUGUCCGAGUGAUCCAAAUUUUGUAAAUUUUCUCUCUGAUUACUUAAUAGCAUUUGAUGUAGUUUGAAGA